AUGCAGGUUCCCAAGGUCGCCGUCCUCGUGGCCGUACUUAGCCUGGGUGGCUUGACCACCUCGGCAGCAUCUCAAACGGCCGGGGGCGGCGACGAGAUCUCCGCCGUCCGGACUUACUUCAUGGUGGGCGGACAGUACGUGGACGACGGGACGGGUACGGGGGAGCACAUAUUCCGCGACCAAAUGUACGUGGAGAAGCUCAUGCCCACCGACGGCGUCAAGCAAAAGCACCCCUUGGUCCUGAUCCACGGCCAGGCGCAGACGGGCACCAACUUCCUCAACAAGCCCGACGGCGGGCGCGGGUGGGCGUCGCUGUUUGUCAACGAGGGUUACGAGGUCUACGUGGUCGACCAGACGCUCCGCGGCCGCUCCGCCUGGCAGCCCGGUCACAACGCCGAUAAGCAGUCGACCUACUCGGCCGAGCUCAUCUCGAAGCGCUUCACCGCCGUGCAAAAGUACAAUCUCUGGCCCCAGGCCGUCAACCACACCCAGUGGCCCGGCAGCGGCGAGAUGGGCGACGCCGUAUUUGACGCCUUUUACUCUUCCAACGUGCAGUUUGUCAGCAACGCCACGUACCAGCAGGAGACGGUCCGCGACGCCGGCGCCAAGCUGUUGGAGCUCAUCGGCCGCCCCGCCAUCCUGGUCGGGCACUCUCAGGGCGGAAUCCUGCCUCUCGUCAUCGCCGACGCCAAGCCCGACUUGACGGCAGGCUUGAUCAUGCUGGAGCCGACGGGCCCGCCGUUCCGCGAGGCCAUCUUCAGUGAGAAGGCCGCGCGACCCUACGGGCUCACCGACAUUCCCUUGACGUUCGACCCGGCCGUUUCGGACCCCAAGAAGGACCUGGUGCAGCAGGUGUUCCCCGCGAGGGCCGACGGCGGCGUCAACGGCUCGUCGGUCGACUGCGUGAUGCAAAAGGAGAGCGACCCGGCCCCGCGCAAGCUGACCAAACUCGCCUCCAAGGACAUACUCCUGGUCACGGCCGAAGCCUCGUACCACGCCCCAUACGACUACUGCACCGCAAAAUUCCUCGUGCAGGCCGGGUGCGAAAAGACCAAGCACGUCGAGUUGGGCGAUGUCGGCAUCCAUGGCAACGGCCACAUGUUCUUCAUGGAGCGCAACAGCGACGAUAUCCAGAAGUUGGUGAGCAAGUGGAUCCAGUCUGUUUGA